AUGAAUAUAAUCCCCUGCUUACUAUUUUCUUGUCCAAUAAUUUUCAUAACAGAUAGCAAUGCGCAUGCCAUGCUUUUCACAGAGCUGUCAUACGACUGACUCCUUUACUCUACCGCGCAUGUCGGCAGCCGUAACGCUCUGCAUUCUAUAAAACCCCCCUUUUUUUAAUUGUUUCUUGCCAUGCUGCAUUUCUGCAAAAGACCCAAAUUUUGUCGUUUGAAAUCUUAACAAAUGGAUAAACUAGUCAGGAAAAUUGGGCUCCACAGUAUAUAAAAAUUAGUUUUCAAUCAAAGCGAUUUCAGUAUCUUGUACUCUCAUAUCAGAUGACAACAGAACGAUUUCAUCAAUGAUAUAAAAUCUUCCAAAAUUAGAGUUUGUUUGGUUUCAAAGAUAGUUCAUACAUUGUGCAGUUCAUGUUAUAAUAAAUUCAAAUUUUGGUCAGUCUAAGAGUAGCACUUUCAUAUCAGAUAAUCAAAUGAUUUAUAAGUGAUAUUAAAUCCUUCAAAAUUAGAGUUUUGCUGGUCCUAGUUGUCCUAGUUUGAAUAAUGCAUUAUGCAGUUCAUGUUAUAAUAAAUUCAAAUUUGGGUCGUUGCAAAUAGUAUUUUUAUUUCAUGUUAAGAUGGGUCAACAAAUCUCCCGAGCUCUUCACUGAAAAAGUUUGAGUUGGGACUUUUUCAAUGCUUUUGAGAUUUAAAAAUGUUGCUUUUGUAGAGUCAAGAUUCUUGGUGGUGUCUGUCUUCAUAUAUGAAGUAUGCAUCAUGGAGUAUUUAUCAAUCCUCUACUAGUUUCUGAUAAUUUGCAGAGCUUAGGUCUGAUAAGGAUUCAAGAUGUGGGUAUCACAACAGAAAAAUGCUGGAGCUAUUGUGGUAUUCCUGCUCAUUAGACUAUUAUUAAUAGAGGCAUAUGAGAAUGACCUUAUUACUGGUUUGCCUGGCCAACCGGCAGUUCCCUUCAAACAGUAUGCUGGAUAUGUGACAGUAGACAGGAAUUAUGACCGUGCUCUGUUCUACUAUUUUGUAGAAGCAGAAAAGAAUCCAAGCUCUAAGCCUCUGGUGUUAUGGCUGAAUGGAGGGCCUGGAUGUUCUUCACUAGGAGUGGGAGCUUUCUCAGAGAAUGGACCAUUUCAACCUAGCAAAACUAUACUAGUGCAAAAUGACUAUAGUUGGAAUAAAGAAGCCAAUGUUCUUUACCUGGAGUCACCGGCAGGAGUUGGUUUUUCAUAUUCUAACACUACUUCAUUCUACGAAGGUGUCAAUGACAGAAGAACAGCACUGGAUAAUCUUGUCUUUUUCAUACGAUGGUUUAAGAAGUUUCCAGCCUACAAAACAAGAGAUCUCUACUUAACAGGUGAAAGCUAUGCAGGGCACUACAUUCCUCAGCUAGCAGAACGUAUGCUACGGUACAACAGAAAAUAUAAGAUCUUCAAUCUUAAAGGAGUUGCAAUAGGCAAUCCAUUGAUGAAAUUCGGAAACGACUUAAAUGCAAGGGCAGAAUUCCUAUGGUCUCACGGGCUCAUAUGUGAUCAGAGCUACAAGGAAAUGGUUUAUACCUGCAAUUACAGCCGCUACGUUCAUGAAUUUUACCGCCACAACUUAUCGGCGGCCUGCAAUGAGGUUAAUAGUUUGAUUAGCCAGGAAGUUAGCGAUUUCAUCGAUAACUAUGAUGUAACAUUGGAUGUUUGCUUGUCAUCCAUUGGAAUGCAGUCGAAGACUCUAAACUCCAUGUUAUUCCAGAGGAAGAAUGAAGAAAAUCCCCAAUUGCCGGAUGUUUGUGUUGGGGAUGAAUCCACUACAUAUCUUAACAGGCUUGAUGUCCAAGAGGCAAUGAAUAUUCGUCUCACUGGGGCUGCUAAACAAUGGAGUCCUUGCAGCAGAAAACUUCAUUACGAUCAUCUGAAUUUAGAGAUAUCCACAGUCCAUUUGCUUGGAGAGUUGGUGAAGGCAGGAAUCAGAGUUUUUGUUUAUAGUGGAGACCAGGAUUCUGUAAUACCCUUGACAGGAACACGUACACUCAUCUACAAUCUAGCUGCUGAGCUGAAACUGAAUACUUCAGCUCCAUACAGGGUUUGGUUUGAGGGGAAUCAGGUGGGAGGAUGGACACAGGUUUACAGCAACAGUCUAAGCUAUGCAACAGUGAGAGGAGGAUCUCAUGAGGUUCCAUUUUCACAACCAGAGAGAUCUCUGGUUUUGUUCAAGUCAUUCCUUAAAGGAGAGCCCCUUCCUUACAUAAAAUGAAUUAUUGUUACCUAUUCAUUGAAUCUGAAAGCCCAUUUUCCUGCCAUAGCAGAGAGAAAUAAGUUCUAAACUUUCAAUCAUAUAGUAUUGUUUUUCACUUUAUCCCUCAAAA